GUCACCGCUCACCUGUGGGAUUAGCUGUAGCCGCAGGUAAUAGCCAAACAUUGGGAGUCAACACACAAAGGGAGAGGAGGGCGACGCCAAUGAGCCGGGCUGCGUGGUUCGGUCGCGGAACCGGACUCCGGGCUUCAUACGAACAGAGACGGUUUCCUCGGAACCACCUGGGAGUCUUUCGUCCGCCCGCCGAUGCUUGAAGCGCUAUCUUCCCGUGAGACUUCCGCGGUGCUGCUCGGCGAACUAGUUGUCUAGGAGGAAACGCGACAGCCGCCGACUCUUCUUAUGCUGUCUCAGGCAUUCUGAGCCAUGCCUGGCCGCAGCACAGGGGCUCCACAGCCGUCCCACCGUGACAGAAACCACACCUCAACUUCCAGGCCGGACAAGUACAGACAAACUCGAACCAUAUCCAGGGAGAGCACGGCAAGCCAAGACUCUUACAAGGAUCCCCAUGGAGAGCAUCUACGUGAGCACCACACGCACCACCCCCGCUACACAGAGACCAGGAGCAGUCGGAGCAAAAGCCAGCCUCGAAAUGGUACAGGUCGGAGCACCCAGAGUAUCGGAUUUAUCCCGGGGUCAGCAGACAACGCGCCGGCGAACAGGCCCUCUUGUGGCUCCUGCACCUCUAUGGGAUGGAGUAGCUGCAAGGCUCUCAUCUGCUGUGUUCUGACUUGUGGAUUUUAUGGUAGCCGAGAGCCAUGCCUUCCUGUUAAUGAGAGCUCCACAGACCAUAUCCCCAAAGGACACAAUGCCCCCCAUUCGUCCAAUGGGAUAGCUCUCACCAACCCCACCUGUGGCUUGCCUUUGGAGUCAAGCAAUCCCUCCAAAAGUUGCAAGGUGCCACCAGGGGAAAGCUUCCGUUACAGAGAUGUACGCAUUGGAGGAAAGACCGUCCACUAUCCAGUUUCCAGUGUCACCAAACGGACCCACAUGCCCGACAAGAAGGAGAACCUGCGACCAGACAGCUACACCAGCUUGCUAGCUAACGAUUACUACGACAUUGAUGAUCCAAGUGACAGCACAGACAUUGACUCUCUGAUCACCAAGAAGCUGCUGGAGCUUUAUGCCCUGCACCAGAUUGACCAGCUAGCCAAGUGCACCUCCGACUCCUCGUUCUCACGCAAGACCAAUGAGAUCAGUGAGCUCAUCUACAGCAUUGCUCAAGACUACAACCUGGAGGAGCAAGAAGCCGAGUGCAAGCUGGUUCACGGAGUCAUCCGCAUCAGCACGCGAAAGGGCAAGAAGAACAAGAGCCAUCCGUCCGGGCAGCGUCCUAAUGGCCGGAGCGACCGGACCCUCCCGGACAGUGGCAACGAGACCAUGACGAACACCUUUGAGAGCAGCGAUUUCCCAGAGGUCAAAGUGUCUGAGCAGACGCCAUCGGACGAGCUUGCAAGAAAAAUGAGGCCUUACAGCGGAAGAACAUGUUCGUCCAGCGUGAGCGCAGGCUACCACCACGACACCGGGACGAACUCCUCCGCUGCUCCUCUGCUCAUUUAAAGACUGUUGAAAAGGAAUGGAAAAAAAAAACUACCUGUUUUACUAAGCAUGUAGUUAAUGUGACCAUUUCACCCCUCUCUCUGUUUAUGCUGUUACCAAGCGGAGCACCUUUUCCCCUGGAGGGUCAUGCUCCUCCUCCUGUUGGUCAAAAUUGUUUUUUUACUUUAUAUAUUUCAAGGAUCUCUUUCUCUCUAAUUCAUGACCAAUGGGAGAAAUAUGUGUCCAUAUAGGGAGUUUUUUUUUUUUUCUUUUUGUCUGCAGUGUUUUAAGAAACGCAUCAACAAAAUCAGUUUCCAGGAAGCCAGAGGGUGGAGGCUGGUAGUCGAACACAACCAUUCACAUUUUUGUACUACGUAUUGUUUAUGCAAGCUAUUAAGUGUGUGCAUCCAAUGACUGUGUUUUACCAUUUGUUUAGGCUCCAGGGAUCCAUUUCUGUAUUGUUAUAAGCCAUAUUUGGAUGUAAAUAUGUUUAGGUAACUGUUACAUUUGUGCCAUUACGCCUCAUUUUUUAAAUAUUUAACAAGUUGCGUUUUUAAUAAAAUAAAAGUAUGGAUUUUGAUGCCUUUUUAUUCUGAGGGGUUUUAUAAUAUAAGGUGUUUUUCAGCUGGUCGUUGUGACUCGCACGCACGAUGCAACUUGCUGUUCGCUUCAAUUGUUCUGAAAAGCUGAAAAACAAACUUUCUAAAAUAUUUUUAAUUAAAAAAAAAAAAAAAACUGUCCCUGUUUAAACAGUUCUUUUCUUUGGGG